AUGGCCAGAGAUUUUCUUCCAUCACACAAAGACCACUUUGAUGAAGAAGACUACAUAGACAUUGAAGUGAGCUCCUUCUCUUACUCUUCAUGUCCUAAUUCUAAAGUGCCUUCCUCUCAAAAUAGAGAAUUUGAGUUUCAAAUGGCCUCAAUAACCAAUGACAAAAAAUCCACAACUUCCCAUGCAGAUGAACUUUUCUACAGAGGUAGACUCCUUCCUCUUCACCAAAAACUCUUUCCUCUUCACCAAAAAUUACUUCAAACAGAUUCCUUUGAAGAAGAAGAUUUAGAAGAAGAAGAAAGUUUUUGCAUAAACUUCUUGAUCACCCCAAUUUGUUCUCCAUCACAAUCUUGCAGGGUGAGUUUUGAACUUAAGCCAAUUGAGUGGUCCAAUAUUGAACUCACCACUAGUAGUAGUUUCAUAGAUAACCAUAAUAUAAGACCUAAGAAAUUGUGGUCUAAGCUCAUUAAAGAUUCUUUAAUCAGCCACAAGUUCAAAGCUUCAAGGGCUUUUAUUAAAUCUUUGUUUAGAAAAACUUCUGGUUCAAAUGGGAACAGCUGUUCUAGUAAAGAACUGAAAGUGUCCAAGAAAAACACCCCUUUGAAAAACACUACUAAUGGUUCAAGUUCAAGAUUAGCCAGUAUAAUAAAGAACAUUGACAGAGCUGAUGGUACAAGGUCCUUUCCAGCAGCAGAAAUGAAGUGGAAUUCUCCAAGAAAUUGUUUGUCUUCCUCUUCAACUAAGUCUUCCUCAACUGGUGGUUCUUUCUCAUCAUCUAAUUCUUGCUUCAACUCCAAUAAUGGUUUUUAUGAGCUGAAUUUGACUUCAGAUAUUGACGGUUCAAUUGAGGGUGCUGUUGCUCAUUGUAAGAAGUCCCAAGAGCUUACCAUCCCAACAAACAAAUUGAGAGAAGUUGGUCACUGUGAAGUCUCGCACUGGUUGAGGAAAUGA